CAGGUUUUUUAUUUUUAUAAUUUUAUUAUUAUUAUUUUAUCUUUUUUUGGGAGGAGGAACGGGGGGGCGUAUGAUAGGAAGAUGUGGAUAUGGCAAGGAGAGGGGGAUAUGGAGAGGAGGAGGAGGAUGUGGACGAGGAGAAGAGAUGGACGGAGGGAAAAGAGGAAGGGCAGGAAGAAGAGGACGAGUGGGAGGAGGAGGAGACAUGGACGGCGAGGAAGGGCAGGACACGAGGAAGGGGAGGACACGAGGAAGGGGAGGACACGAGGAAGGGAAGGAGACGAGGAGGCAUGGAAGAUGAGGAAGUACGAGGAGGAGGAGGAGGAGACAAGGAGGAUGAGGAAGGUCAGGAGGAGGAGGACGAACAGGAGGAGGAGGAGGAGGAGGAGGAGACGAAAAGGAGGAGGGAGGAGGAGACAUGGAGGAUGAGGAAGGGGAGGAGGAGCAAGGCCGAAGGACCCCUGAGCAGCAUUGUUGCUCCACCACGGGAGGAUUGACUGUCAGCUUGCCUUGUCCCACUCUCUCCUCUCAGAUCCGGAAUCCAGAUCUGUCAGAUAAAGCACUAGACCCUAG